UGCGGUGGUUGCCUGAGAAAAUUGGUGGCUUGAUACACCUCCGCUACCUUGACAUAUCCUACAACCAUUACAUUAGGAGGUUGCCGGAGUCAUUAUGUGGUCUUUACAAUUUGCGAGUACUGGAUCUGUGGUGCUGUUCACUACAGAGUUUACCGCACGGCAUGAGCAAGUUGAUCAACUUGAUGCAUCUUAAUGCAGCAGAGGAAAUAAUUUCCAAGAUAAAUAAUAUUGGGAAGCUGACUUCUCUUCAAGGAUUAUCUUCAUUCAAAGUACUCAAGGAUCAGGGACACAAGGUUGGUCAAUUUGACGAUCUGACACAGCUUCAUGGAGAACUUCGAAUUACCAACCUUGAGAACGUUGAAAGUAAACAAGAAGCAAGCAACGCUAAUCUGAACAACAAACAGUACCUUGAUGCACUGGCCCUAGAAUGGACAUCGGAUGAUGGCUCUGAUUUAGACGGCAAUGAAUUAAUUGUUUUGGAGGAGGUACUCGAAGGUCUCCGACCACAUCAGGCUCUCAAACGUUUGACGAUCAGAGGGUACAGUGGUGUCAGAUCACCCAGUUGGCUGCAGGCAGAAUUGUUAGCGAACCUGAUAACUCUUGGUUUGAAAAAUUGCAAAGCAUGGGAGGAUCUUUCAUGUAUUGGACACCUACCGAAUCUCAAGAACCUUUACGUGAAGGGAAUGCCUGCAGUGAAACAAAUAAGUCAUGGAUUAAGUACAGAGAGCAAGUUCUUGCCUAAUCUGGAAGAGCUAGUGCUGGAGAACAUGGUGGCAUUGGAGGAACUCCCGAGUCUUUCACAACUUUCAAAUCUCAAGGUUCUUCACAUCGAGCGAAUGCCAGCAGUGAAAGAGAUUGGACAUGAAUUCUUUAAUCAUAUAGACAAGAAUUGGUUACCUAAGCUAGAAAAGAUACAUCUUGAGGACAUUCCAGCUUGUGAGAGACUCCCUUGUAUUGGACAACUGCCGUGUCUUAAGAUCCUUCGCAUCGAGAGAAUGUCAGCAGUGACGAAGGUAGGCCACGAGUUCUUUGGUUGUAGAGAUCAAGGCAAAUGUUUUCCAAGCUUGGAAGAACUCAAAUUCAGCGACAUGCCAGCAUGGCAAGAGUGGUCAUGGGCUGAUGGCGGAGAGCUGUUUCCCUGCUUGCGUAGGCUUGAAAUUGUAAGAUGCCCGAAGCUUCAGAGGUUGCCUCCCCUCCCUCCACUUGAAACAUUAAGAUUAGAUGAAGUCGGAUUGACAGAAGCAACGUUGUUCUGUUUUCGAUCGAAGGAGUAGCUCAUUUGCGGAUAUGAUUUGAAGAACGAUUUAAGUGUAUUGUGCAUUUAAAUUAAAUCGUAUAUGUGUAAUUGGGCUUCAAUGUUAUGAACUUUUAAAGAGUCACUGAAUUUGUUGUAUGUGUUGGGAGUGGCUUGAUUAUAAAUUGAAUUAUGUAAUA